AGCUGCUGGAGGCUCAGGCCGCUGCGGCAGCGUCGCCCGAGUUGAUAUCCAGUCCUGCUUGACGGUGCAAUGGCGCACUGGGAUCCCUUCCGGACGAAGCCCCUGAAGCGCAUCAGCUCGGAGCGCAAGGGUCUCGCAGGGCCUCGUGCCGCCGGCCCGGCGUCGCUCGACGACCUCGACGACGCGCAGACGCCGGUGAUGGCCAGAACCCUCAGCGCCGAGCUCAACACGACCUGGUCACGGAACGUGACCAGCGCGUCCGAGAAGAUGGAGAUUUGGACAAGACGUUGAGCAUCUGGGAUCUGAUCGGGUUCGAGAUCGGGAGCAUCAUCGGGCCAGGCAUAUUCGUGACCACGGGGCUGGCCGCAAAGGACCACGCAGGGCCCGCGAUCGCCCUGUCUUUCAUAUGCGCAGCUGGUCUCUGUGUCUGCGCAGGGCUGGUUUACUGUGAGUUCGGAGCACGCAUACCUUCGGCCGGUGGUGCGUACGCGUACGCGUACAACACCCUCGGAGAAUUGCCCGCUUUUGUGGUUGCUGCUCUGAUGUCCCUUCAAUAUUUCGGGGUUGCAUCGGGCGGCUGCAGGGCAGCGGCCAACUACAUUGUUCAUUUCUUCGAGUCGGUCGGACUACCUUUGCCUGGCGUUUUCCUGGAUGUGCAAAUCUCUCCUGCGAUCAACAUCAGCUUGUUGGCCCCCCUCCAGUCAAUAUGGUUGACCAUGGUGAUCUUGAGGGGCACCAAUAUGUCGACAGCGUUUGGGAACACCGUGGCAACGGCUAAUGUCAUAAUGAUCACUAUCUGGGAGCGAAUUUUCAUUGUUGUGGGUCUCAUGCACUCCGACACAAGUAAUUGGACUGACGACUUCUGCCCCAAUGGUGCUUCCGGCGUGCUGUCAGGCGCGUCUGUGAUUUUCUACGCAUUCAACGGGUUCGACGCCGUGGGAACGUUGGCAGAGGAGAUUCCGAACCCAGAGAAGCUAGUUCCCAGGGGCUUAUUGGGAGCAUUGGCGAUCGUCACGGUUGCCUACAUUGGUAUCGGCUUCGCCUUGACUGGAAUGGUGAAGUACAGCGAGCUUGACGAUGUGGCUCCUUUCGCUCACGCGUUCGUGGUGAAGAAGGUCGCCUGGGCAUUCUACAUGAUCACUUUUUCAGCAGUGCUCAACUGUUGGGCCAGCUCCUUCGCAUCCAUAAUGGCACAGCCCCGCUUGCUAUAUGCCGUUGCAAAGGACGGGCUCAUCCCAGAAUUGUUCAAGAAGCUUGACCCUGUCACCAAGACGCCGAUCAAGGGAACUAUCAUCGUUGGUGGACUCACUGCAUUCUGCUCAGGAUUCCUGGACUUCUCCACUCUCUCUAUGACAGUAUCGUUCGGGAUUCUGUUUGUGUACGUCUUCGUUGGUGUGGGGCUGCUACGAAUUCGGUACGCAAGCUUGCUUAAGGCAAAUCCAGCGGAUGAGGCCAAGUUCAGUUUUGCAUUGCCUGCGUACACGAUCAGCAUGUUCUUCGGCUCGCUGGCAUAUCAUCAGGGAUAUGCCAUGGUUGCGUGGGUAUGCGGAGCUAUCGUGGCCGUGACCUUUGGGUUGUUCGUCCUCAUUUGGAUGCGGCACGGCGACGGUGACAAGAGCGGAGCCCAGUUCCUGUGUCCAUGCAUACCUUUCGUGCCAUUGAUAUCGAUCGCCGCCAAUACGCAUGUGGCAUUGUCGCUUGGUCUCCCGCCACUGGUCAACGUUGUCGUGUACGUGCUGCUGUGCUCUCUGCUGUACAUCUCGUACGGCUCCUCGCACUCCAAGCUGGCGACGAGGCAGCGGAGGGGACUGCGCGCGCCCCUGAACGGCAAUGGGGAGAGCGGCAGGGCAGAGUGAGGUUGAGAUGCAGAGUGCAGGCCGGCGCCGCGUGGCCCACCGGAGCCCGGCCCUCGGCGCCUGGUCCAGUGGCCCACUCCGCCCGGAAGCUGGUCCGCCUCGCAGCAGCGCCGUGACCGAUCACACGCACGAGUCACCCCUUGCCCAAGGUCGCUCUUGCGUGUAGCCCACGUGAGCGAACUGUCGGGUGAGAAAUGCAAGCCCACGACAGUGCAGCACGUACUGCCCACAGGCAAAAUCUAGUAUUGUAAUCAAUUCUGCGGACAGGCGCGGAGCCCCCUGCCUGUGGAAUUCGAACAUGGUCCGCCCGCGCCGACAGCUCCACCGCACUUUUUUUGCAAGGGGCCGAAGGGUGGGAAGACUUGGGCUGCUGAUGUGAGGAACUUUAUAAGUGUGGUGAACGCAGUGCUCAGUGUCCUCAUCCGCCUGUCUCUUCUGGCGGGCCGGCGAUGCGACAUAAUUUUCGAGAGUUACGACAACCGAUAUCAGCGCUCCAGCGCUCGCACCUCGAGGGCGGCAGACAGCCCACGCUCGAGCCGCUUGCUGCAGUUCUGCAAUUCCGCAUUCCCUUGCGCUCCGGGAGCAGAGGUUCCGCUGCCUCCGCAGCCAGGGCCUCGAGCAGCCCCACGGCAGCACCUCCGAGGAGGUUAUCCAGAGCUUGGCUGGUUGCAGGCAGUGGCCCACCGGGGCAGCAGGCUCCAUCGCCGUUCCGUCCACCUCCGACCGCUCUGGGAGUCCAGUCCGCGUCGCGACUCUCUUCCCGUCCCUGCACGAGCGGAG